ACAACACAGUGAAAAGAUCUUGAUUCUGGCUUAGGUUCUACCACCGUUGCUGCUUUUAGUGUUUUAAUCCAACAUUUUCCACACACCUCCCUUUUUCAAAUGCAUGGCUCUUUGUCACACAUGCGCUUUCCUUCAAACCACAGAGACCACCCUCAGCUCAAGCCAGCCCUGCUACUCCUCUCCUCCUCCUCCUCCUCCACCAGGGACCAAGGAGGCGUUCUGCACUUGCCACAGCGGUUUGCAAUGGACAGUACCACAAAGGCUAAGUGAUCCUUUGCAUCGCCCAGUCACUUGACAGAAACCACACCUGACAGCCAAUCUAAGUGUUCAGAGAGAGAGAGAGAGAGAGAAAGAGAGAGAGAGAGAGAAAGUGAGUAUAGAGAAAGAAAGGGGAACUGAUGUGUGGAUUACUCCUUAAAUAAAUACGAUCUUAAACCUACACAGGACAUUUAUUUACUAAUCGAUAGCUACUUAAAAAAGAAGAAAAAGCAAAAUGGAAGAAGACAUGGAUGAGGGGCAGACCCAGAAAGGAUGCCUUGAAUGCUGCAUCAAAUGCCUGGGUGGGAUUCCAUACCCAUCCCUCAUAGCCACCAUCUUGCUGUAUGCUGGUGUGGCCCUCUUCUGUGGCUGUGGACAUGAAGCCCUGACUGGCACUGUCACCAUCCUCCAGGACUACUUUGAGGUUGUGAGGAGCCCUGUGGAUUCACUGGAUGUCUUUACAAUGAUUGACAUUAUUAAGUAUGUGAUUUACGGCAUUGCAUCGGCUUUCUUCGUCUAUGGCAUCCUGCUAAUGGUGGAGGGAUUCUUCACAAGUGGUGCCAUUAAAGAUCUGUACGGGGACUUCAAGAUCACAACAUGUGGACGUUGUGUCAGUGCCUGGUUCAUCAUGCUGACAUACAUCUUCAUGCUGGCUUGGCUUGGAGUGACUGCAUUUACCUCCAUUCCAGUUUUCAUAUAUUUCAACAUCUGGAAUAUUUGCCAAAAUACUACUGUCCUGGAGGGAGCCACCCUAUGCCUUGACCCACGCCAGUAUGGUAUUGUGCCAAUUGCGGAGGCCAGAACUAUGUGCACUGGAUCUGAGAAGUUCUACAGGAUGUGUGAAUCCAAUGAGCUGGACAUGACAUUCCACCUGUUCAUCUGCGCCCUUGCUGGAGCAGGAGCUGCUGUUAUUGCUAUGAUCCACUACUUGAUGGUGCUAUCUGCCAACUGGGCCUACGUGAAGGACGCCUGCCGGAUGCAGAAGUAUGAAGACAUCAAGUCAAAGGAGGAGCAGGAGCUUCACGACAUCCAUUCCACUCGCUCCAAGGAGCGUCUCAACGCCUACACAUAAAAACCAGCGUGAGGCCUGGCCCUGCCACUCCGGCCUCUCUCACUCUCUCUCUCUUCUUGCUUUCUAUCUGUCUCUCUCUACCAUCCCCUCCCGAGGGGGGGCGGAUGGCGCCUAGGGCCCUCGCCACUGCUGAUGUCACUGGUGCGUCAUAUGACAAAUGUGGUCUCGGGGGGGGAACGUCACAUAAACCUCCCCAGUCACAAACAGCAUUUCAGAUGAAAAAAAAAAAGCCCCUUUACCUCUCUCAUGGAUGGUGUUAUCAUUUUGGCAGUUGUGUUAUUGAACAAGUUGAAUAAGAGUUAUUUAGUGCUGACAGUAGUUUUUGUGUAGUUUUUAGAGUCAGAAGUAGCAGUAGUAUUUAUGUUUUUUUUAAUAGUGUACAAUUGUUUUACUUUUCUUAAACUUUAUUUUAUACCAAGUGUCAUUUUGCUUUCAUGGAUAAUUUAUUUUAUAAUGAUUUCCUGAGGGGGUCAACAGGGGCUUCAAAGGGUUUUCAAGCACAUUUCUCAUGUCGUGUGUCUGAAGAUUUCAUGUUCAAGAACUGUGUACUGUAUGUGAGUGGAUGGUUAGUUUUAAAAAUAUUUUAAAUUUCACAAUACAACUAUGAAGCAUUGUAAGCCUUUGCCAUACCAGUAUUCCCAGGGAUUAAAACCACUUUCACAUGAAAGCAAUUUAAUCUGUUUUUCUAUGUGAAACAUAAUUUUAAAAAAAAAAUAGCAAGACAACGCAAAAAUACCAAAUCAGAGUAAAAUAAUAUUUGCUAGAUGUGCCAAGCCUGUUAAACAGGAAAUACUGACUUUGAUAGAUAGGAUUAGUGAAUUGAAGAUAAAUUGUGGGUUAUUUUAUGAUAUAUUUGCCAUUUAGAUAUAUUUUCGGACUCGCACAAACUGCGCAUGCAAACAUGCUUUCAUAUUCUCUUUUUUAAUUUCUAAAGUUGAACUUUAUAAAUACUAAUCUCCUGCUUUGCAGUACUCUGCACUGUAUAUACUGAUACAUAUACUGAUAAGUAUACCUAUAUGUUAAGCACUGACAUUUAAAGACAUCUCUUGUGACAGUAAGAAGAAAUCAGUCCUACCUGCAUCUAUCAGCCCCAACCUGAAAAGAAGUUGUCUGUGUAAUGGCACUCCUUGGUGGAAUUUUCAGAUGUGAGAAAAGUGUGCGUCACCGUAAUUUUGUUCAUUACAGUAACUGUAACUUGCCUAUAAAUCCACAUACAGAGGUGGCCUGUCAGUUCAUUGCCUGGCGAUUUUUUUCUUUCUGUCAGUAUUUCUCAAAGCUAGUUUCAUGCACUUCUUUGACCAUUUCUGUGCUCUCUCUAGAUGUAAGCGCAUUGAUGUUCAACUCAAAGUUGGAUAACUGUACUGUUAGUAAAGACUGUGAAUUUAGAUGUUUCUCGUGGCAUGGACAUGCAUCAAUAUAGUCUUUUUGACUCAUAAGUUACUUUAUUUCACCUUUUUAUUUUUACACUAUUGACUGUCUUGCUGGAUAAACCUUUUGUUUAUAUGUGCAGUACUAAACCUCCCACGCUUACUGCGUUAUGCUCCUAAUAUUAGCGACUGUAGUCUUUGAGUUGUGUCUAUUUAGUUUGUGAUGAGGUUUAAACCAUGUCUUAAAGCUAAUACUUGUACCAACAUUGCAUACUCUGUAAUGAUCUGAAAAAACGCUUUCAGCUUUCUCCUCGUAUUAGUCUUUUGUACUUUCACUACAGAUGCUUAGUAGCAGGCUUUAAAUCUAAUCUGUUUUGUAUAUUCAUGUGCCAACAGCUUGAAGUGGCUUAUUUGACCUGUAUGAUCAAAUUUGCUUGCAUAAAUAAAAUUCACUUGUGUACUUGUUAA